AUUCGUCAACCUCUCCGUUGUAGAAACCGUCGGAGACAGAUAUGUCGCAGAAUAUCGUCAUCGUCUUGUUUGCUGUCGCUGCUGUUGGCUAUGGUCGAUGUCAGACUCUCAUGGACAUCAUACAGACAGAAAGCGACUUGGGAGAGUUUCGCGAGUAUGCCCAGAAGUUCCUCGCCGCACAACUGUCGGAGCCCUCCUACACGUACACGGUGUUUGCUCCCACCGACGAUGCGUUUCUCUACUACAUACGAGAGAACGCCGGCAACACGAAUCAACUAGACAGUCUCCCCCUAUGGAGCUACCAUCUACUGAAUAAAAAAUACACGAGAGAAGAUCUCCUGAACAACGGUAACCACAGUCUUCCCACGCUAGCUCCUAACUCUGCACCUGUCUGGGUGAUCAUCACCGACGCUAUCCAGUCAGUACAGCGAGACAGACCUACAGUACCUCCCGUACCGGGUCAGGAGCCAGAGCCGGGAAAGGUGAGUAGCUCUGUCUCUGUGUGA